UGUAAAUAAUGAUCUUGUGCCGGAAUUAUAAAUGUAAGUGUAAUAUCCCAAAAUGAUUAUUUGAAAAUAUUUUCAUUACAUCCCGUAAAGUCACGUGGCUACCGUUUUAAAAUUGAAUUUUCAUCCGGGUCACAUAGCAAUUAUUUUCCGACAUGUCCGACAAACGUCAAAAUCAGCUGAUUGCAUCUGUCAAAUUGGAGGUUGAAAGAAGGAGGAAUUUUUGCUUAUAGCAAUUUACAACCAUUCCGUAUAUAUCAAACCGUACCGUAUUGUAUCGUUACAAACACAGUAAAGAAAUAAAGUGUUUCAACGAAUAGGGAAUGCAAAUUUUGUUCCCAAACUAGUGUUUCGGAUAAAUACGGGCAAAUAUCGUGAAGCUUGGAGAACAACGUUUCCCGAUGUGUAGUCUUCCAGAUAGGUGAUAACAACAAAAAAAACUCAGCCACUGGUGCAUUUUACUGGAUGGUGCUACAAUCUUAUUUACGUACAAACAUCAAGUUAAAAGUGUUGUGCUUGUCUUAUUUGUUUGGUUUUACACUAAAAGAAACGUAUCAACAGUAGUACUACACUUAAAUGAAAAUCGUAAAGAAUCAGUUUAAUGGUGACUCAGCAACUUUGUUGAUGUGAUUACGUCACGGAUUGUGGAACCAACAAAACCUGCAAAAGUGCUUGCCGUUUGCUCGUUUAUGAAGAACGCUUAUUGGACAGCAGUGUUUGGCUUUGUUUAUUGAAGACAGACACAAAAAUUUACCAACGAUGGAUGAGCGUGUGGCUGAUGAUAUUAUCACCGAUGAGGAUGUACAGUUAGUUAUGGGAAGAAGCUUGCAAGCUUCAUCGAAAGUUGCUUCAUACAGCUUGAAACGGAUCAGCGAAGAACCCAUCGGAUAUCUGGCAGAUCACUUCAUCCUAGCAGUGGAUGUUGAGGAGAAAUUGGUGCACACAAAUGGGCAGCAAGAAGAAUGUGAAACAUCCUCGACCAAAGCUGACACAAUGGUUGCAGCUGAGAGUAAACAGAAAUCUUUCUUCGUUAAGAUGCUACCGGAGAAAAAUCCAAAGUUGGCGGAGUACAUAGCCGAGAUGAAAUGUUUCGAGAAGGAAAUUUUCGUAUACAGUAAGCUGUUACCAGAGCUAGCUCAACAAUGUCACGGCAUUGGAAAUGUGGUGGCCAACACCUAUCUUACAAGACAAGCGAAGCUGAUUGUUUUCGAAAACUUAAAACAGCAAGGAUACAGCAUGAUGAUUGACCGAGGGACAAGCUUACUAAACCAGGCUCACAUCGAGAUGGCCUUACGAACGAUCGCAAAAUUACACGCAAUGUCGUUAAUAUACGAGGAGCGCACGAAAACCACCUUAAUGGAAGUAACGGCCAAACUUUCUGGAAGUGGAACAUGCCUGCUAGCGGAAAACGUGUACGUUAACCAAGAUGCGUACGUGCGAACUACAAAUAUUGAGAAUUGCAUUCAAGUUAUGUGUGAAGUAGCGAAGCGGAUAGAUAAGUAUCGAAGCUCGGAUCAGUUGGAACUCAUUCUAGAACGUAUUCCGUUAGUAGUACGACGAAUUUAUGACUUUGCCAAACCAUCCACCGUAUACCGCAACGUGCUGAACCAUGGAGAUCUGUGGUGUAACAACAUUCUGUUCAAGUAUGAAUCAAAAGUAAAUGGAACAAAAACCGUUCAACCUAUCGAUGCCAAAUUGGUGGAUUUUCAGUUCUCACGGAUCGCACCACCGGCGUACGAUGUGAUGGCUCUCAUUAUGAUAUCAACGCUAAGCGGGUUCCGAGAUCCUCUUCUAGAGCAGUGGAAGGAUCUGUACUACAGCAGUUUGGCUUCGCAUUUGGUGACCAACCAGCUGGAGGUGGAGAAAGUUUUGCCACGAUCCAAGUUUCUGGAAUCCUGCAAACACUAUCAUCUGGCCGGAUUGAUCGAAAGCUGCAUGUACUUUCACUGGCCACCGGAGCCGGAUUGUUACGAGAGAGAUGAUAGUACAGAGGAUGAGGAUUUGGAUUGCAAAACCUAUUCCAGCGUGUUUGUGCGGGCUAGCAUACGUGGAUUCGAAAAGUAUGAGCAGUAUCGUACACGCAUAAGUGAUAUGAUCACACAAAUUGUUGACAAGUACGUGCUAGAACAAUAAACCACUUUAUUCAUUAGAUGGUGAUAUGAAAGAGCCACUAGCAAUCAAUACAAUGCAUUGUUUUGAUCAAAUUCCAUUGAUCAAAGGGUUUAUACAGAGCUAUUUAAGGAAUGCUCGCUGUACAAUGUAAAAUAUUGUGCAAUGUGGUGUGAAUGUAUAUAGAUAUUGUUGAAUUUAUAUUAAAACAAAUAUACACAACUUGAUGAGGCUACAGUAAUGUUACACAAAGAUAAAGAGAAUAUAUUUUUCAGCAAACGAUUUUACCACGUGAGCUAAAUUUAUACACAUAA